UAAAGCUUCGGACUGCUGCCGCUUCUUCCUUCUUUCUUCAUCACCAGAGCGGGACUCCCAGUGCGGGGUUAGUGUUGCUGCCGAAGCUCCUUGGACACCGGAACCGGAUCAAAUUGGACACGGGCCUCUAGAUAUAAUUACACUUUUUGUGAGGGGUAAAAUAUUACCCAGCAUUCAAAGUCUGAAAGAGUUUCACUUCACCAAAGAAGUUAGAAGACUGUAACCAGGAGGCGGUGUUCUCGAGCGGACAGGACGCCUCCACCUCUGCACGUUUUAAAUUAACUCCAGCUCAAGUGAAGGUGUCCAACCCUGGUGUCCAACUCAACCGCAUGACUUCGCACAGACCCAGGACCUUUCUAGGAGACAAACUCCCGCCUGAUCCAUCCGAUUGAAACCGGCGUCGUCGAGCACCAUGAGCUGCUGCUGGGGUGACAUCCUGCCAAACCCGCUGACAUGGAACACCUAAAACGGAAACGGGACUGACUGCCAUGCUCCAACUCCUGCUUUAAUCGUCAACGAGACCUCGUCCCGGUCCAUUCCGAUAUUCCUCCGCACACGUCGCCCGGACCUGAACCGCUCCCAGAUUUAAAUUCGAACUGCUGCUCUCUACCUUUCCUCCCGUCCCCAUCCCUCACCCCUUCUCUGUCAGCUCUUCUGGGUUUUUUUUUUUUCUUCACCCUUCUCCUUUCAACGGAGGCGACGUCAAACACUCUGAAUUCAAACCAUGGCCGGCAGACAGCGUUUGUCCUUCCCGUCUCCCUCCCUGCUCCUUCCCGUCCUCCUUCCUGCACUGCUGCUCCUGCGCCUGCCUGCUGCGGUGAAAGGGGACUGCUGGCUGAUAGAGGGGGACAAAGGUUACGUUUGGCUGGCUAUCUGCAGUCAGAACCAGCCUCCGUACGAAACCAUCCCCCAGCACAUCAACAGCACGGUUCAUGACCUCAGGCUGAAUGACAACAAACUCAAGGCUGUGCUCUUUACCUCCAUGUUCCGUUUCACAAACCUAACUGAUCUCAAUCUGACCAAGAACGAGAUAAGCUACAUUGAGGAUGGGGCCUUUGCUGGACAGGCAAACCUUCAGGUUCUACAACUGGGCUACAACAAACUGACCAAUCUGACUGAAGGAAUGUUGAGAGGCCUAGGCCGAAUGCAAUGCCUCUUUUUACAACACAACCUCAUUGAGGUCGUUGCCACCAAUGCCUUCUGGGAGUGCCCUAACCUUAGCAGCCUGGAUUUAUCUUCAAAUAAACUGGCCCGUCUUGACCCCUCUACCUUCACUUCCCUCAACAGGCUAAUGGUUUGUGAACUAGCAGCGAACCCGUUCCAUUGUGGAUGUGAGCUCUACAGUUUUCUGACUUGGCUAGAGGAGUUCAACAAUGUCACCCACACUUAUGACCGGCUCCAAUGCGAAACUCCACCAGAACUGACAGGAUAUCCACUCCUGAGCCAAGCGCCUGGGCAGGGAAGGAAUGCUCGGAGCAUUCUUCUGUCUGCCUGUCGGGACGGUGUGAUUAUUUCAGGGAUGACCUCCCAGAUGCCAGAUCCAGAUGGCUCGGGCAUGGGUUUAGACAAUUCUGAUCCAGGUCUAUACCCUCAGCCGACCACAGCUACUGCCGAUCCCAACUAUGUUCCUCAGAUUUCCAUUAAGCUUGAGUCGGUCUCCCUGUACACGGCAUCUCUUCUUGUGCAGAUUCCAAAACCAUACACAAAGAUGUACAUCCUCUCCCAGUAUAAUGACACCUUUGCAACAGAAAUUAUGUCCCUUACAAAGAAGAAGGAGAAGAUUCCCAUAGAUAAGCUGAAACCACACACCAACUACACCUAUUGUGUGGCUUCUGGAAGUAAAACUCAACGAUACAACCAUACUUGCCUGUCUUUCACAACGCGGGCUAUGGGCCCGGAGGACCUCCGUUCUAAUCCAUCCACAACUACCCACUACAUUAUGACAAUCUUGGGAUGUCUGUUUGGUAUGGUGAUUGUGCUCGGAUUUGUCUACUACUGCCUCAGGCGGCGACGCAUCCAAGAAGAGAAGGAGAAGGCUAUAAGUGUAAAGAAAACAAUUCUGGAGAUGAGAUAUGGUUCAGAGGCAGCUGCAGCAGUGGCCAAUGACCCAGGUGCCAUUCAGCGUCUUCAGGAGCAGACUCAUCACCACCAUUCAGGAGGAGCGGGAGGCAAGCUUCCACCAUCUGCUUCUUCUAGCACCGGGAUGCUCCAUGGAUCAGCAAACACAAGCUCUUCCCGCCUCUCCACCUUGCCCCAGGUAGAAAAAAUGGCCUCUGCCUUCUCCGAGGCAAUGGGCAGCAAGAGCAAUUACAUGGAUGUGAGGACAACGGGAAUGGUCGGGGAGAGCAGAGAUGGAGUACUUGUUGCUGGAGGAGUAGGAGGUGAAGUAGUUGUUGAUAUGCGCGGUGUGACUGAAAAUGGGACAGAGGCUGGGGAAGACUCGGAUGAUGACGGUCGUGGCUCUGCAUCGGAGAUUUCCACCAUUGCUAAGGAGGUGGACAAAGUGAACCAGAUCAUUAACAAUUGCAUUGACGCCCUCAAGCUGGACGCCUCUGCCAAUAUCGUGUCGACAGCUGACGACGGUAACUCUCUGUCCUCCUCCCAGCCACCUUGCAUGGCACCUCUUUCCCGCAAUCUCCUGCCACUCUCCACUGCCUCCUCUGGAGAUCAGAUCAUGGCCUCUUCUCCGAAGGUGCAUCCAAAGUCCCAGCCACACCCUCAGCCUCAUCCUCAUCCUCAGCCGCAACCUCAGUCCCAUCCUCAGUCUCACCCACAGCUACAUCAGCAGCCUCAUCCCCCUUCUAUGGCCCCGGUGCCCCUAGUCAUGCCCCUGUCGGAGCGACCUGGCAUCAGUGGAGGUGGGUUCCUUUCCCCACCUUACCGUGACCCACCCCCAGCUAAUGCGGUACGGCCCCUUCAGAGGCAGCAGAGUGCCGACACUGCUGUAGUCAAGAAUCGUUGUGGUCCUCCUGCUGCGGUAUCCGUCAAGAACACAAGGCUGUACAGUGUGGAUAUACCGGAGCAGAGGAGUGAUCCACCCAAGUAUCCAACAGAGAAGGGGAGUCCUGCCAUUUGUGGUGGGAUGGGUGGCAGCGGGGGACAUGGUGUUGUAGGAGGCUGUGGUGGAAAUGGCAAGGGAAAUCUAAAUGGUGGUGGGGUGAAUUUAAAUGGAGGCGGAAUGGGGUGUAAUAACGGGAAUGGAAGUGGAUGUGGGGUUGUUGGGCCUGGACAGCAGCAGCAUCACUUAGAGGUUCAGCCAGACUACCACAGCUCAGAGCACCGACACUCCUUUCCUGCGCUCUACUACGAGGAUGACAACGAUUCUCCCUUACCAGCCCAAAAAGCUUCAUUUCUCAAGCCACUGGGACGUACCAAAAGGGAGGCCACAGCCACUUACUCCCAGCUCUCUCCUUCCCGUCACCAUAACUACAACUCCGGGUACUCCUCCAGUCCGGAGUACUCAUCAGAGAGCACGCUACGCAUCUGGGAGAGAUUUCGACCGUACAAGAAAAACCCACGCGAGGAAGCCUCCUACAUAGCCGCGGGCCACGCAUUGCGUAAGAAGGUGCAGUUUGCCAAGGAUGAGGAUCUUCAUGAUAUUUUGGAUUAUUGGAAGGGCGUUUCUGCCCAGCAAAAGCUGUGAGUUCGGGAGGUGAGGGGAAGAAUCAAAUGCUACAUGGGAAAUUUUAAGCUGAACACCAACAGCAGACUAAUACAGAGGUAGGAUGUGAAUCUUUCUGCAGAGCGACUUGGGUCAUUCCUCCGGCAGAUUCAGAGUUGACUAAUCUCACGAUGAUUUUGGAACAUGUCUUUGGUGACAGUUCAUUGACAUUUCAAAUGGUUCCAGAGGAUGACAUUUGUCACCACAACCCUGAGUGGUCCGUUCACCUGACAGCCUCGUACUAGGCACUUUGGUCCUUGCAGGCUUCACAGAAAUGCUAAGUACAUUCUGAUGAGCAAAGUUAACUCGGUGACAAGCGUCUUCUACCUCAUCACUGGGACACCUCAUCACUGUAGCUCAACUAUCUCAGUAGAAACAGCAGCAUUUAUAACUUAAGCUCUGUCCAUCUUUUUUUUUUCUAUUUCUAUCAAACAACCAUUCAAAGGACAUUAAUUUCACGGCACUGCUUCCACCUGGGUCUCUAUAAAACAUCAUUUAGAGCACUAAUGAGAAACUAAAUUGAAGAUUUAUUAUUUUUUGUAUUGGAAUACCUGUCUUUGGGGAAGACAUUAAGCGAUACUAAUCUGGCUUAUUGUUUUCCCUGGCAAUUAGCCAGUGUAACAGAAGGUCAGGACAGUGUUUGUUGAGCAUGCUUAUUGAUGUAAAACACCCAACUACGCAUAUUCAGUGGUGUGUGUACAUACAGGUUGUGGGUUUUGAUGUGAGAAAUCCCAUUUUAGUUGAAGAGGGAAGUAGGAGCUGAGUCAUUCUUUAUCUCAGGCUUCUGUAUAAGAGCAAAAGGUUUUGUGAUAGACAGAUUAGAUAACAACCUACAGUAGCUGGGAAGGUCUGUGAGUGUACUUGUGAAUGAGGAAGAGUUUUGCUCAUUUGGCAACGUCUAGAUGUCGUGAAGCAAAUCUUGCGAAAACUUCCAGGCAUUUUUGGCCUAUUUACAGGCACUACUCUGAAGUUGGAGCAUUUACAUGUCAAUAGGCUGAGCCAUGCCGAAAUGACUUGAGGGUGGGAUGGAAGUGCAGGUGCAAAAGCUCAUGUAGUAAAGAAUCAAGUAAUCACAUUUGGGAACAGAAGCAGACUCGGAGGAGGUUAGAGGUUUCCUGUGAACAGCCCGGCAAUAAAGAGGAGAGGCAAGCGCUUUUCUAGCUGCGGCCGUAUUCCAUCAUAAUGCUCUCGCCGACGCACAGCGGAUGCUGGAGAAAGGACUGAAGAUCCACAUGGUAUUAUUUCUGUUGCCUCUGCCCCAUGAAGGUGACAUCUCUGUGCUUGACAGCGCCCUGUUCUGGUAAAACAAACACUGGUAGCUUGCUAUGGACCAAAGUGCCCUUAGGAGGUGAGAUUUAAAGGAUUUUAAUUAUACUUGCCUAUCUUCUCUUAUGUGUGUGUUUGUUUUUUUUUAAUUAUUAUUUAAUGUGCUGUGAUGCUAUUGUAGCUGGUUGAGGGAAAACAGAGCAAGGCUUGCCAACUACCAAGGAGACUAUUAGUGUUUAUUUCUUUAACCUCCUGGAUAUUUGUUUUUAUCUUAGUUUUUUUUUUUUUUCUCAGAAUUGCUGAGUAUCAUGUCAGUACUGAAUGUCCACUGAUUACAUUUGUACCAA